UUUUUUUUUUUCAUAUUUCUGGGAACUAAUUAAAAUCUAAAUUUAUAAUAUUUUCAAACCAGACGCAAAUAAAAACGUUUUCAAACAUGCGAAAUCUUAAGCUGGCCAUAUAUGCGUAAACAAGUUUUUUUAAAGAUAAAAUAAACAAAAAACAAUAAUGAAGUUCUAAAAGUUUCCGCUGAAACUACCAAAAGGCUCGCAGCAUUAAGGAAUAGAUGACAUCAAUACAAAUCAAUGAAAUUAAAUUUAUGAACCUAUCUAUCGGGAAAUAAUUACUUUAAAGAAAAUUCAACUGCUCAAUUAUUUUUUGCUUAAAAUGUAGUUUUGCAGACGGAAACUGAUUUCCCUGAACUACUGUUUUUAUUAUACCUAUCCUAAAAUAAGAUCGAAUAGUCUCCAAUUUAUACAAUUACACUGACGCAUUUCUGUGAAAAAAAGUCCAAUGAAGAAACUUGUCAAAAAUUUUCAAUGAUAAGUUUCCAAGACGAAAGCCAACAUGUUACCUGUAGCUAACACCCUUACGAAAAUCUAACUUGCGAGUGUAAGCCCAGCGUAAUUUCAGUGAUUCAUUUUUGCAACGACCUUUUCGCUGAAUUGCGCCUUUCGAGAAUGUAUGUCACUGAAUGGCAAAUUUUAAUGUAACCGCUAUCUGCAAAAACACUUAUAUUAUAUAAUUAAACUAUUAGAGUGUUUUUGAUUCCUUAAACAAACGCGGCGUUCUCGAUCAAACUGGAGGGAUUCCCCAAUUAUUUACUUAAUUUCAAUUUUUAAAUAAAAUACGAAAGUAGCGAAAUCUUUUAAUAUGUCCACCAAUGAUCUGGAACCAAUUGAUUCUGAGAAUUCAGAAAAAACAACACUCUUUGAAUGUUCAGAAAUCCCAACAAGAAUAUCACAACACAUUCGAGGUCUCAUCAAAAGCAGAGAAUUUUCAGAUCUCAUUCUGAUCGGAAGCGACGGCAUCAAAAUUCCAACUCAUCGUAUAAUAUUAUGUGCUGCCAGCCAAUUCUUUUUUGAUUCUUUGAACACGAUGCCUUUGCCUAACUUAAAAGAACCAACAGAAAUCGAAAGUUCCACUUUGGAGUUAGUCCUUCAAUUUAUGUACACGGGUUCUAUAGUAUUUUGCCACGAAAUUGCCAGAGACGUACUUAGAGCUGCUACGUGUUUCAAAAUGAAAUCACUGAUUGGUCUUGGUUUGGAAUUCUUGGUGCAAGGGCUCAACUGCAGCAAUUGCUUAAGCACAACUUUGUUUGCAAAGGAACAUGACUAUAUGGAUCUCUAUAAGAAAUCCUUUUCCUUUGCUUGCAUUCAUUUUGAAGAGAUUUGCUUUGCGAUUGACUUCCUAAACCUGGACGAACAAAUGGUGGAUUGUAUUCUCUCUAGCGAUAAGGUUGUCGUCUUUUCUGAAGAGGUAAUCGUACGGUCACUGUUGAUGUGGCUUGAGCAUGACAGAAAGAACCGUGAAAAAAACUGGAAGAAGCGUCUCUUAAAUGUGCGUUAUCAAUUUCUGACACUUGAGUUCUUAUUAGAGCACAACAAUAGCUUAUGCAUAAACUUGGAUUGUCAUAAGAUUGUUUUUGCAUGGCUUCAACAAAAUAUGUUGCCAAAAAAACGAAAAGGGUUAGCCAAGUCAAGGAAGGGCUAUCGUACUUCAAAAUUGUAUAUGAUCACUGGGUUCCAUCUGGAUUGUUUGAAAGUUCAAACAUACUACCCAGAGUUCAAUACUUGGACUUCUAAAACCAUUGAAUCCACAUGGAAUAAAUUAUUUCGCGUAGGAACAGUUGUUAAAAACGGGAUAGUGUAUAUUGUUGGAGGAAUUUCAGGGGACCAUAUCCGAUCAAAUGAAAUAAAAUGUUUUAAUAUUGAAACGGAGGAAACUUGGUUAUUGCCCCCAAUGAAGUAUUCUCGAGCAGGUACUGGAGUUGCAAUAUCAAAUAACUAUUUAUUUGUUUUCGGUGGCUGCGGUCUUGUUGGAGAUAAGAUAAAUGAUCUUAAAUCGAUGGAGAGGUAUGAUUUUUCAGAGCAAAAAUGGCAAAACGCUGCGCCAAUGCUAAAACGAUUUAGUAAUAGUAGCAAAGGAGCAAUAUUAAAUGAUUUCUUGUAUGUUGUUGAACCAGACAUUACGCAAUGUUAUAGUAUAAAAACCAAUGAAUGGUGUUCGAAAGCAACGAAACGAAUUGAAAGUUUUUACUUUGGUUUGGUAUGUUGCGGUGCAUAUCUGUUCGCUGUUGGAGGGUUUCUACCAAAUGGACAGGAAACAAAUAUAAUUGAACGUUACAAUCCCUUAUCAGACACUUGGGAAACUAUUACAAAGUUAAGCUCACCUCUUAACCAAUUGAAUUGUCUCACAUUCAAUAAUACAUUCCUUGUCGUUGACGUUGUACAUAAUAAUGAAGGGGUAAAUGAGGUGAAACAAUACGAUAUUGACACAAAUGAGUGGAAAAGUUUGGCUCCAAUAUUAUGCCAAUAUUUAAAUAUUAAAAAAAUUAUACAAUGAACUAUUACAAUUUCAUCCGUAUUCUUUAUUUAGCCCCAUAACAGUUUCGGUUGAAUUUGUGAUAGGCCUUAUUAUUACAUAAAUUUUGGUAUUACUUAAUUUCUCAAUUAUUCUCUUAGACUUAUACAAAAUAAACUAUGGAUUUUACUG